AUGGAAGCUGUAAAUGAUGACGAUGGCUCCAUUAAGCGCAAAUUUCGAAGUUUUCCAGAGAAGCAGCAAGCGGACACUCCUCCACCACCAGUGGAAACUCCCCCACGAGUUCCACAAGUUACCCAGACCUCUAAUUCCUUUGGAGUUCCCGAGUUUUCUCCUUGGUCUCAGGAUCAAUUUGCUUCCUUGAUGGGCUUUAACAGCAAGAAGAAGAUGACUCGAAGCAAUAACAACAAGAGGAAGGUGGUCAGUAACAAAAUCGGCAAUGGUAAGUCAACUCUGGUUGUCACCAAGAAGAACGCUUCUUCGAAACGGGCUCCCAAGCCACCUCCAGCUGCGGCUGUGCUCCCCGCCCGUGCCCCUACUCCAUCCAUGCCUCCUCUUCAGAGCACUCGUAGAGCUCGCUGUGAAGCCUUGAUGGACAAGUGCCCCUAUCCUGGCAUCGAAUGCAACCGGCACAAGUGCAGCUCUUGUGGAAUGUACUGCCAUGCCAUUGAACCUUGUUCCAAGGAGAUCUCCCCUGGAAUUCUUCAUUGUGGAGUGUGCAUGAACUUGAAAUCGGAUAGCGAAGAAGAAGAUGUGGAGCCAACCGACGAGUCACCAGACAUGUUGGCCACCCAAAAAGACUUGGAGGAUGAAAGCACCGAAGAGGAGGAGGAAGAAGCUGUGGCUAAUCCUGCCCCCGCUGUUCGUGAUUCCAACAAGAAGAAGAAAGCAGAUGUGCAACAGAUCAGUCAGUUUCUGAAUAACACCCAGAGCAAGGAAAAGAAGACUCGCGGCAAGAACUUUACCACCCAGGAAGAUGUGUUCGUGACAGAGUCGUGGUGUUCCUCAACUGAGGAUUCUCGCAGCGGAAGUGACCAGAGGCAAGCGGACUUCAAUAAGAAGUUCUAUGCCAAUUACAUCGUCAAGGUUGAUGAGCACAAUGAUGAAUAUGAAGAGCAGCUUCCCAAAGAUCGCCAGCAGAGAAGCAUCGUGAAUCGCUUUGGAGUCAUCAAGCAUGCUACCAACAAACUGAUCGGCAUCAUGAAUCAGAAUCCCAUUGGAUCUGGCGAAACACCAGAAGGGCAUGAAGUCCGAUGCAUGACAAUGUAUGAGCAUGCCACAGGCAGCAAGUUCCAGUUCAUUGAGUGCUUCCACAUUCUCAAGGAUUUCCCCAAAUUUUCAUCUGCCAACGACAGCGGCAAGAAGCGCUCUGAUGGAAACAAGCAACCCAAGAAGACACGCCCCGGCGGUAAGAGGCAAAAGGCUCUUGAUGACAAGAUCCAGCGUGCUCUAGAGACCAAUGGCGUUGGUGGUGCUGCCAGUCGAGCUGUGUCGGACACUGCCACAGUCAGUGAAGCAAUCGGUCAGAUCUCCACUCAUUUGGUUGACCAAGUCGCGGUUUCUCAAUGGGCGGACGAAGACAAAGAAGAGUACUUCAAGAAUGAUGCUCUCGAAAAGAAGCUCCUGCAGAAGCGUCGCAUCAUCAAGUUGCAGAAGGAAAUUGCCAGCUUGGAGCAGGAAGAAGACGAAGCACAGGAAGAUGAGGAUGACUGCAGCAGUGACGAAGCUUGA